GCGGGCUGGCUUUUGCUAUGUCUUGGUCGUCAGGUAUGGCUACUUAUAUUAGGCCGAGUGGUGACAGGAUUGUGUACUGGCGCCGUUUUAGGAGCUGUGCCAACAUUCGUGGCGGAGAUCUCCCCUCCUAGUGUCCGGGGCCUAUUUGGUAUGACAUUCAACUUGGGCGGAACGGUAGGCAUUUUGCUGAUGAACAUACUGAGCCUAUGGGUGCCUUGGGAAUACUUGGGCUACGGCGCUAUCGUACCGUCAGUGCUACUAUCGGGGGCCAUGUUUUUUAUACCGGAAUCGCCCAAUUGGCUCAUGGUCAAAUAUGGCCGCUGCCUGCGUGUGGUCGAGGCUCUACACCAACUCCGGCACCGGGAGUCCGACAUCGACGACGAGUUGGCCGAACUCGAGGCGCAGGUGACGGCACUGAAGGCCCAAAAGGACUCCGGGUUUAGCGCAAAGAUGUUGCGCCGACAGGAUGUCUACAAACCGCUAACCAUAGGGUUAUUGUUGUGUUUUUUUCAACAAUUUUCGGGCACUAAUGCCGUCCAGUUCUAUAUGACGGGUAUCUUUGCGGACGCGGGCUCGUCGUUACGGCCCGAGUACGCCGUGAUUGUGGUCAACACCAGUAUGUUUGUCGCCACCCUUAUUGGGUCGACACUCGUCGACCGGUUGGGCCGUAAGAUACUGCUGAUGGCGAGCGGCACCGGCCAUACCGUCAGUCUGGCUGUGUUGGGCUACUAUUACUACAAGAACAGAGAUCUGGCGCAUCCGGACUCGAGUCCGCUGCCCAUAAUAUGUAUGGCCGUAUUUUUUGUCGCCUACUCUAUCGGCUACAGUUCAGUCACGUGGAUAGUGAUCACCGAGAUCUGUAACUCGUCGUACGUGGGCUUCAUUACCAGCACGUGCUCUGUCUUCGUGUGGAUUACUGCGUUUGUGGUGACCAAAGAGUUCGAGGACCUGAUCCGAUUGGUCCACAAAUACGGCGCCUAUUGGUUUUUCGCCGGCUUAUGCCUAUUGUCCACACUUUUUAUUUUCUAUUUGCCCGAAACGAAGGGUCAGUCCAUCGAAGAGAUUCAGCGCAAACUGUGUCCGAAGGUCUAUAGGGAUCGGUUGACUACAGCACCGGCUGGUGAUCGCAAGGACCCGUCCGGUGACCGCUCGGCGUUUAAAUAUGAACGCGAAUUAAGUAAAUACGACGAGAUUUCCAAUAUAUAA